AACUGCCUUGGUAUACGACUUUGUCGCUGUCGUUGAAUUUGGUGGCCCGCGAUUACUAGAGUUGUGCACAUACGGUCAGUACUCUAUGCAACUGACAAGAUGCGCACCGCUCUGCACGGAUUGCUGCUACUGCUCAACAUUGCACCUGACGGGUAUUCUACUCUUCUCCAAAGGCCAAAGCAAGAUGAGAUUAUCGUUCGUGUCAUAAACGACGGUAUUGAUGAAGGUGGUACAGCAUUGCUACAGUGCGUGAUGGGCAUCAAUCCCAAAGUUCCAGCAACAGUCGUCAAGUGGUUGUUCGGACGUGAACAGUUAUCCAUGUCUACUACAGGACGGAUCUCAAUCAAUCCGUCUGAAACAAAGCACCAACUAUUCAUAAAACAGGCUCUUUCAUCAGACAGUGGAGAUUAUAGCUGUGUGGUUAACAUCAACGGGACUGAUGUGGUGGCAUCGGCACCUUUGAAAAUUUAUUGCCCAAUUCGUACUAAAAAUAUGGCAGUCGCCCAAGCUGUGUUGGGUGAAAGUGCAACUAUUACAUGUGGUGGCACGUGCUAUGAUUAUAUCUACUGGAGAAGGAAUGGAGCAAUGUUGAAUAGAGGAGACAAGUACAUGAUUUCGAGACAAAACGGUUCAUUUCUACACAUAAAUAAUGUUUCUCUGGCUGACAAUGGUUCGUAUUCGUGUAUCUACCUUUCCGGAUCUGUCAACUGGGGAUACGCAGUUCAACAAGUUGAACUGUCUGUAUUGAUUCCAACUAAUCGUGUUACAAUUGCAACAUCUACCUUUACCAAAUUUCGAGUCGGUCAUUACGUUGAGAUCGUGUGUCAAGCCAAUGGCUUUCCUCUACCAGAAUCAGUCACAUGGUACAACAACUCACGUGUCAUCAAUCCAUCUGAUAAAGUCACAACAACAUAUAGUACUUCAACUGGAAUUGCAAUACUCAGACUGACAUCACUGACUCGUUUUGAUUCAACUGUCAUUCAAUGCACAUUUAGACAAAAACUACUUGGAAAGUUUUAUACAUUUAGCAACAUAACUCAACUUACAGUCACAGGAAAACCGGAUUCUCCCAGUGAUGUAAAUCUCCACCUCUCUUUAAAAUUAGACAAUAUAUUGAAAGUGCGGCUGAAAUGGAAGCCGCCUUUGUAUCACGGUGGACUUCGUAUGUUAGCUUAUCGUAUAUUAUAUUGGGAUAGACGUUUAUGUGGACUUAAUUGGCAAGACUGUAAGACCAUCAACGAACACUGGAUACUUGCUGAAAGACAAGCAUAUCUUUUGUAUAUGAAGCUUCCUCAUGCAGCGAUGUGCUUUGCUGUGCAGUCUGUCAAUGGCGAAGGUCUCAGUGCUGCAAGUAUGAUUAAGUGUACGUUAAAUAUGGAUGAGAAUGUGCAACCCACUCCCACAAGCUCAAACUCAAUAACACCAUCUGAUAUCGAUGUGUCGUCUGGAUUUUUGUCAAUGGCUCCCACUCAUCGUCCAGUAUCACAAAACUUCCAGUUUGCAUUCAGGAAUAUUAAGGAACUGUGCAGUCACUCAUUCACGGUUAACAAAGUUAGCAUAAAAUCUGCUUUAAUCAGAUACUUUACUUCAUUUGGAGGAAUACCUGUUGCAUCCAGUGAUCUUAGAAAUGAGUCACUGGCAGUACUAGGUGGUCUCGUGUAUUACCAAGGUACAUUAGUCCAUGCGCAAGCUGGCAUCAUUCUUAAAACAGUUUCAGAGUACAUUGAAUAUGGAAAUGGGAAACAACAUCUUUUUGUGUCAAAUUAUUAUUUGGAGUUUCUUCCUUCUUGUCCUGUUGUAAUGAAUGGCCAACACGAGAGUUGCACAUUCGAUGCAUACGAUGCAGCCGCAUUGAACUGUAGCUUAUUGAAAGCUGAAUCACAGCCUGUCUGCUCAGAGUCUCAGAUUUCAUUCCAACUGGCUUUGUAUGUGUUCAUCCUUUCUGGUGUAGUUGUGGUCCUUCUUAGUACAUGUUUGUUGGCUGCCUGCUGUCGCUUACGUACUCUCCGGUUGAAGCUAUCAAAGAGUAAUGUUUGUCAGCAAAAACUUGUAGAUGCCGCAAAACACGAUGCCACAAAUCGGCAAGCAACCAAAAGGCAAAUCGAUGUGCAGACUGUUUUGAGUUCAUUGAAUUCAGGUUCUUGUAAGAGGAGGCAAGACAGUUUAGAUUCAGCUAUUGGUGAAGGCAGCAAGGUGUCAUCAACAUCAUGGUCAUCGUCAUCAUCACCAUCAUCAUCAGAUUCAGUUGGGGCAAAUGAUGUGUUUCAUUAUGAGCAAAUUGAUAGUGUGGUGGUCUAAGAAGGCCUCGUUUGUCAAUUUUGUCAUGCAGUCAGUGACAGAAUUAUGUAUCACUGUUUGUCGAAAUUGAGACAAUCAAACUUGUAGAAAGAGUUGGUUCACAUGUUUAUAGUUGAGUAGUAUGAAACUUGGUACAUGCAUAUUUGUUUUGCAGUUGUUGAGCAAUAAGUGUAUGUGUAGCUAGCUUAGCUGUUUGAUGGUCAUGCUUGCGACCAUAUGAGCACAUGUCUUAAAGACAAGUAGACUUGCUAAAUAUUUUAGUAGUUAUAUACAAUUUGAUGUAAUAAAUAAAGGAUUGUUUGAUUUGCUCAAA